GGAGUCGCUGCUUCCAGGAUCAUUUUUAUUUGUGCGCUCACUACAGUGCAGGGACCUGUUCUGGGUGUUACGGUGGAUGGGAUCUGCUAAGGCUGUUUUUUUUUUGUUUGUUUGUUUUUCUUCUUUUUCUCCUGAAGCACAGGAUGGUUCUUCCUGCGCCUGAGACGCAUGGACUAGAGGGACACGCUUAAAAAAAAACUGCCCAAUCAUGAGGUGCUACUGGGUUGUUUUUGCAUCACAUUUUAUUCUGCUCCUACUGAGAGUUUGGUGCCAGCCGGUCAUCUCCCCCAGCGGGCCUCACAUAGUAGUUCCCAAGAAGGGGAAGUUGGAGCUGCGUUGCCACAACAAUGCCACAACGUCCGGCGCCCCGUCCAGGUUGAGGUGGCAGUGGGAGAGGGCUCGCAGACUGGAGGGAGAGAUGGAGGAGGGCGGAGUGGCUUAUGUCAAAGUGCCGGCGGUUCAAGCCUACCACAUGGGCCGUUACGUGUGCAUCAACAACAGCACACUGGAACGCAGCUCCAUCUAUGUAUACGUGAAAGACCCCCAGAAUGCCUUCCAGCGCACCAUGGUGAACAUCAUCCUGGUGCGUGAAGGUGAGGAUUGCACCAUACCCUGUCUUGUGACCGACCCUGAGGUCACCCUCCUGGAUUUGGAGACCUGCGAUGGACGACCUUUGCCCUCUGGUAUGAGUUACCGCAGCGACCUGCAGCAAGGCGUCAUCAUCAGCAAUGCUAGCAAGGAGUUUGAGGGCUGUUACGUGUGUGUGGGGAGGCUCGGUGGAGACAAGGUGACGUCGUGCAAGUACACUGUGGAUGUACGACUAGUUCCAGAGGUGCCUCCAGUCAUCACACUGUCCCAGAAAAACAACGUCAUCUUGAGGAGAGGAGAGAAGUUUGAACUCACCUGCAGCUCUAAAAACGUGAACCCAGACUUCAGUCUCAAGUGGAACUUCCCUUCGACAGCGCAUCCUCAUGAAUCUCACACCUCACACAUCCUGUCCGGUUCGCGCGGUUAUCAGCGCGCCACCUCGCUCUCGAUCAGAGCUGUCAACCAAUCAGACUCGGGCACCUACCGCUGCUCCGCCCAGAACGAGAGAGGCACCAGUGACACGGCGCUGCAGCUGGACAUCCGCGAUCAGGGGUUUAUCUCCAUGUUAGGAGGAACGAGUCCAGUCCAGGCUGAUGUGAAAGAAGGGGAGAGUCUGAGCCUCAGAGUAGAGUUUGAUGCUUAUCCUGCACCCAGUUCCCUGUACUGGUCCUACAAUGGCAAGCGACUCCUCAACACCACAGAGCGUGUUAUCACUAUCCACCACCGCAAAUACAGAUACAUCAGCGAGCUGAGACUAGUGAGGGUUCUUGGCUCGGAGGGCGGGAUCUAUAAGUUCUCAGCCAGUCAUGAGGACGCAUCUGUGGAUCAUUUUUUCCACGUAUACGUCAACAGUAAACCAGUUAUCAUCGCUCAGGAAGGGCCAGUUGAUGGACAGGUGCGUUGCAUCGCUGCUGGUUACCCAGUCCCUAAAAUCACCUGGUACUUCUGUGAGCUGCCCCACACAAGGUGCUCACACCUGCCCAAUGCCACCCAAUGGGAGACUCCGGAAGUCGCCAUGGUGACAGAGUCUGCCUUUGGUAGGAGUGAGGUGGAGAGCCGACUGAACGUCAGCAAGGAACACGCACACUACCACACGCUGGAGUGUGUGGCGUCUACAGAGGGGGAAGAAGCCUACACCCUGUUCUCCAUCAGUGAACGCAUCGUCCCCCAUAAACUCUUCACCCCUCUUUUAACCGGCAUGGUGGCUACUGGCAUCUUGCUCAGCCUCAUUCUGGUGGUGCUGCUCUAUAAGUACAUGCAGAAACCUAAGUUCCAAAUCCAGUGGAAGGUCAUCGAGAGUAUCCAUGGCAACAACUACAUUUAUAUUGACCCCACGCAGCUCCCGUAUGACUCAAAGUGGGAGUUUCCUCGACAGAAGCUACGCUUUGGUAAAACUCUGGGCUCUGGGGCUUUUGGAAAGGUAGUGAGGGCCACAGCUUAUGGACUCUGCUCUGCUGACACCGUGUCAACCGUCGCUGUGAAGAUGCUCAAACCCAACGCUCACUCCACGGAGAAGGAGGCACUGAUGUCAGAGCUGAAGGUUCUCAGUUACCUCGGAAACCACGUGAACAUUGUUAACCUGCUGGGAGCGUGCACUGUCGGAGGCCCAAUUUUGGUAAUCACAGAAUACUGUUGCUAUGGCGACCUCCUCAACUUCCUGCGCAGAAAAAGAGAGACCUUCCUAAAUUCCCAAAUUAGUGAUGGUUACUAUCGCAACGUCUUUAAGCAAACUGAGCCUGCGAGCACUGAAGUGAUUGGUACUGGUUAUAUGCCCAUGCGUCCCUCUGAGAAAGAAAGGUCUUCCCAGUCAGACGAUAUCGACGAGCUUUCUCUGGACGCUGAAGAUCUCCUCAGCUUUUCCUACCAGGUGGCCAAAGGAAUGGAGUACAUCACUUCCAAGAAUUGUAUCCACAGGGAUCUUGCAGCCAGAAACAUUCUGCUGACUCACGGCAGGGUGGCGAAGAUCUGUGACUUUGGGUUAGCACGAGACAUCACCACUGACGCCAGCUAUGUGCUCCGGGGCAACGCACGUCUGCCAGUGAAGUGGAUGUCUCCUGAGAGUAUCUUCGACUGUGUCUACACCUUUGAGAGUGACGUGUGGUCCUACGGUAUCCUGCUCUGGGAAAUCUUCUCUCUGGGUAACAGCCCGUACCCCGGGAUGCAGGUGGGCUCAGCGUUUUAUAGGAUGAUCCAAGAGCGCCAAAGGAUGAACAGACCAGAGUUCGCUCCCGCUGAGAUGUAUGAAAUAAUGUUGUCUUGUUGGAACCACGACCCUUUGAAAAGACCGUCUUUCAGGAAACUGGUGGAGAGGACCGAACUGCUGCUGUCAGAAAAAACCAAGAAUGUGUACUUAACGCUGAGCAACGCUCCAGGUCCUCCAGAGCAACAGAGGGCACCAUCACGGAGGCUGAGCUCAGUCUGCAGCACAACAGCCCCCACCCAGCCUUUACUGCAGAGCACUGCUGACGUCUUCCUGGACUAUGUCUGACACACACACACAUGCACACACACACACGCACAUACACACACAUAUCUGCACAUACAUAUGAAACAUACAACCCCCCCUACCUCCCUGGUCAUUCUCUCCCUUUGCUGCACAAACUAAAAGAGCCAAAUAAAACACUGUCAACUACUAACAACACAUUCAUUCAAACUCAUUCUCAACCGCUGGCCUUUCUGCAUCACACACACACACACACACACACACACACACACACACACACACACACACACACACACUAUGUAUAUACAACCCCGCACUAGGCUCUCACUACUGGCCUCUAUCUAAUCUCCCCAUUUGAUCUCUGUGGUAGGUAUUUAAGGUGCACGUCUAUAUAAAGCAGACUCCAGCUCUAGCUGCCCAUCAGAUACAUCAGCCAUCAGCGGUGGGAGGAGUUCUGGCUUGCAGUCGGCCUUAAAGAUUAAAUUUUAAGAUGCUCUGGGGAAAACAGAGACUACGAGAUGGGCACUGACGGGAGUAAACACUUGACCUUGGGAGAUGAUAUUGGACUGAGGAAAAGCAGCAGAGUGGGUGCUCUGGACUACGACGGUUCUUUGGCUCAGAUUUGUCUCCCAUCUUACAGGAAUAAUUUGAUUUCAUUUUGGUAAAUAAACUUACAUUCAGAGUCUUAGAUUAGAAGAUAGAUGCCACUCUCAUUUCUGUGCAUUAAGUCUGGAGCUGUAGCGAGCAGCUAGUUAGCUUAGCUUAGCAUAAAGACUGGAAACACAGGGAAACAGAAGGUAACAUAGGCUGCAUACCUGCACCUCUUAAACUCACUGAUUCAUAUCUUCUUAGUUUAAUCUGUGGAAAAAAGUAACUGAGGAUUGUGUGUGGGACUAUUUCAUGGCAGGAAGCAGUGACUAUAGACUGUAAUAAAUAAUGGAUAUAGCCACCAUGACAUCACCCGUUGGUUUGUGGACUCCCGUUUUGAAGCCUUGACUGUUGUCAUCUUGGAUUUAUGGAGCUAGAAGUGAGCAGCCUUAAAUUUAAAAUUUAAUCAGGUGAGUUAUAUUCACCGUACAGUUGUCAUGAAAGAGGAAAUUAUCUAUACAGACCAAAACCGUCGUUGCACCAGGCUGUGAACAUGUUUAUUUGUGCUGUAAAGUGGGGCAUUUGAACAUGACGGUCUACAGGGAUUUCGGAGCCAGCCUCAGGUGGCCGUUUGAGGAAGUGUAAUUGUUGGCAUUGGCUUCAUUUUUAAACCCCAGAGAUUGCCGCUUGGCAGUGACUUAAUCCUGUAGACUCUGCUGGUUGCCUGGCAACCUUAUUUGAACUAAUUUAGCAUUUUAUUUCUUCCUUUUGAGAAUUAAUGCAAGUUUUGCCUGUUCAACAAACACAUCUUGUGUUGCUAUUUUGAAUAAGAGAACCUGGUGUUAUAAAUGUUUGGGCUUUUUUUUCUCUAAUUAGCUUAAAUAUUAGCAUGUAUGAGCAUAACUAGUGUGUGUUUGCCUGCUGAAUAAACCUAACAGUAUCACAGUCAGUCCAGUAAGGCACUGCACCCGGCCAAUAAAUAGUCCCACAACUACUUCCCUUUUUGUAUUGAUUUAACAAACCAGAUAGAACAUGUUUAUUAGAUUUAGAGGUGCUAGUAGGUAGAUUUUGUUACCUUUGGACAGACAACAACAAACUACCUGUUUCUCUGUUUCCAGUCUUUAUGUUAAGUUAAGAUAAUCAUCUCCUGGUUUCUAUUUCAUGGACAGACAUGAGAUCAUCUCUUCUAAACUAUCACUUUAAAAAAUCUUAAUUUACUGAAACAGAUGAACAAAUACUGAGAGGCUGUCAACAUGAGUCAAAGUAAAACUGUUUUUUUAUGUUUUUUAAUACCAUGUGAUAUGUUUUCUUUAUCAAGUAUAAUAAAUGAGCCAUAGCAACGUGGCAUGUAAGUGAUGACUCCUAAUAAAAAAAACAAAGCCAUAAGUUACAGAAACUGUGCGUUUAGCUUUGAAUACUGUGACUUAGAAAAGACUCGAUGGUGUUUUGCUGUCUGUAUUUUUAGCUUUAGUUUAGUCUCCUUAGCAAAGCCACUGGCAUUUAGGACUGACUGUGUGUCCUCUAUACUUGAUUUAUGUUAAACAUGUAUGCAAUGUAAAUACAAUAGAGAUGUGCCUUUUAGAUUUUUCUUUUUUUUUGUAAUACUGGCUGCAUUUGUUGGUGAAGCAGUUAUCGUUGAGAGCAGUCGGAAGAGCUUCUGUGCUCUGGUUUUGAGAUUCGUGCAGUUUUGAUACAGUUGGUUGACUUGUAAUAAUAAAGAAAGUA